AUGAGUACUCCACGAAAUCGAAAGCAGCGCCGUGCUGCGGCUUCCGAGUCUGCCUCCACCGCGUCCGACAUUGCCCUCUCCCUCCCCUCACGCGACGAUCCGUCCACGAGCCCCAAAGAGCACAGAACACUCUAUGAUAUCAUUGAAGAACGUCAGAAUGAGCUCCGUGGCCAGCUAGCAGGCUCAAAAGCCUUGCCAGCAUCAACAAAGAAAACAAAGCAGUCCACCCAGUCCACGGGGACACGCUUCGUGACCGUGGACGCGUCUGGAGCUCUCGUGGAGACCGACGGCGAUAUCAACAGCGAGAUCGCAAAGGACAUCGGAGGGCGAAAGAAACCCUCCAUUGGAGAUGCCAAACCCAAAGUCACCAAUGAUGAAGAAGAAGACACCGACCAGCCCCUCCCACCCUUCCUCGAUACCAUUUUGCUCUCUAUCCCCCUCACAACCCUCCACCUCACUCUCGCCUACCUGGCUGCGUACAUGUACGCCGAAUCGACGGACGUACCGCGUCUAGUUAAGGACGCAGUCACAAUGACCUUCCCACUCCUCACAUUCCUCGUUCACUUCAUCCACGGCCACAUGGUCUCCCUCCGGCUUCCACGAUGGAGCUUCUUGAAUCCGCAGCCAGUUUUCAUCUUCCCACUCACACGAGACAAAUUCACUUUGUCAUUCCUACGACGCUUAUUAUUACCCCCGAGUCUCCGAACGCUUGUCUUCCUACCUGUUGCCGUGAUGCUGGGUAUGCACCUGAUUACUAUCACAAAUGAUAACCCCAACUACGCUAUGAUGAAGACGGCACCUGCAUACGGGACGGUAUGGAUCUGGUGUAUACUUGAGAUGUCGUUUGGUCCAGCGGUUCUUGGAUCGAUGGGACCGUUGAUUUGGGGCGUUUGGUGGAUGGGCUACGGCAUUGUCUGA